AUGAGACGCCAACCGUUUCCCUUCGUAGCGCGGCAGCAAUACCUUGAAAACGGCUAUGCUAUUUUGCCCAACGCACUCAGUCCAUCCCUUGUUGGGCCGCUGCGGGAGGCGCUUAUCGCUUCAACGGUUGCUCGCUCUCGAUAUUUUAUUGAUAUGCCCGAUAUUGAGUCCAUGUUAAAGUCAAAGGGGAAGUUAUCGGACCCUCUCUACACUAAUGUGAUGGCGAGGUUGCGGAAACGCAAGCAUAUUUUACGCCAGUACCGGGCGGAGAAACGGCAGCGAAGGCGGUUGGCGGAAGUCGCCGCCAAGGUUUUAAAUGGCCGGAAAAAAGAGGACCUCAGCGGGGAGGAAUUGUGGAAACUGAGUGAGGCGUUAACGAAGGAAGUUGCCAAAAUGUCGGGAAGGGGGUGCCAGGCAACGAUAUUUAACGACCCCCAGAUGCUGCGGGCAAUCAAUGAGUAUCGAUGCAAUGUUUGGAUGACGAACAAAGAUUUGCAGCAUAUCGUGCGCGAUAGGUCCUUCGCGGAGCUGAUCGGUGGUGUUGCAACAAAUGUUGGUGGUGUCGAUCGGCCGGUUCUGUUUAGCGAUGCACCGAUGCUUAGGGAACCCUACGGCAGCCCGUUUGGGUAUCACUGUACGGCUCCGACGAUUGGUGUGAAGACGAAUAGUGGUCGCACGAGUUGUGUGUCACUACUUGUGUUUACUCAUCAACCUGACAGUCAGACCAUGCCUCUGUUUGUGCUAAAGGGGUCUCACCGAUUUGUGAAGGAGCAGUACAUCACGCGUAUUUCUCCUGGAGACCUCUGGAUGCCCUUUAUUCCGAUGGAAACACACAUCCCGGAACAAUUAAAGCGCUUUAACUUCGAUAGUAGCGUUGUGGGAGUUCCUAUUGAGGGCGGUGAUGCGAUCGGCCCCGGCACAAUUAUUGCAGUUGAUCCGCAUCUCAUGAUCGGCAUGGGCUGUAACGCCUCCCCCUCGCGGGUUGUCGUGUACAGGAUGAACGUUGUUUCGGAAGACGCCACUCCUUUCAUGGGCGCCCCGUCGUGGAUUGUUGGAUGGCGGUCCCUGCGCAGUGAAGUUAGUUUCUCGGCUCCGGUUGUGUUCCCGCCUCUACACCAAGUCACAGCAGCAACCAGUUGA